CUUUAUUGUUAUUAAUGGCCGAAGACAACAAGUAUGGUCACCCAUGAGCACAUGCGCACUGGCUUCCUCCAGUCGCGUUCAUUCGCCGAACCCACCCACCACCCUGUCCGUUUUCAGGCUAAUCCCGCCCCCCCUGUGCACCGAUUGGCCAGCGGAUGGCGCUCACGCGCCGUUCGUCGGCGAUGCAGCCAAUCAGGUCGCUGGAUGAGGGGAGGAUUCGCGUGCGGGACAGGAGCAUGGCAACCAGUAGGGCUCGCGCGAUGCUCGGCGGCGGAGCCUCGUCGUUUUUUUCCUCGGUGAUGGCGGACGCGCCGAGAUCGCUCUGAAACGAACACAUUUCCUCUUCACUUUUAAUUUCAUAUCACGUCAAUAACGUUGGCCGUGGAGCGAAGUCGUAACCGUAUACUAAGGAAACGAGGGUCGUCUUGGUCUCACCCGGGGGGGGACGUAGAUCAAGAUGACUAAUGAAGAACCUCUCCCGAAGAAGGUUCGCCUUAGUGAAUCUGAUAUGAAGACCCUGACCAGGGAGGAGCUGUGUGCAAGGUGGAAACAGCAUGAAGCCUAUGUCCAGGUGCUCGAAGCAAAAUACGCUGAUCUAAAUUCCAAUGAUGUGACUGGUCUUAAGGAGUCUGAGGAGAAGCUGAAGCAACAACAGCAAGAGUCUGCACGCAGAGAGAACAUCCUGGUGAUGAGGCUGGCCACAAAAGAACAGGAAAUGCAGGAAUGUACAACGCAGAUCCAAUACCUGAAGCAAGUGCAGCAACCCAAUGUGGCUCAACUGAGAUCCUCCAUGGUGGACCCAGCCAUCAACUUAUUUUUCCUUAAAAUGAAGGCUGAACUGCAACAGACUAAAGACAAACUGGAGCAAGCCCAAAAUGAAUUGAGUGCCUGGAAAUUUACACCUGAUAGCCAGACUGGUAAGAAGCUGAUGGCGAAGUGUCGCAUGCUGAUCCAGGAGAACCAGGAGCUGGGCAGGCAGCUGUCACAGGGUCGCAUCGCCCAGCUGGAGGCUGAACUUGCCCUGCAGAAAAAGUACAGCGAGGAGCUCAAGAGCAGCCAAGAUGAGUUGAACGACUUUAUCAUUCAGUUGGAUGAGGAGGUGGAAGGCAUGCAGAGCACUAUCCUGGUUCUCCAGCAGCAGCUGAAGGAAACCAAGCAGCAGCUGUCUCAGCAAACACAGGCUGUGGGUACCUCUAGUGGCGCAGGUCCAAGCAGGACUGCUGCUUCUCCAUCCAGCGCUACCGAGCCUUCUGCUGAACCUGAAACGACCCCCUCCAGCAACUCCACUGGGGCAAAAGACUGCAGCCGUGUCUUCAAUGGUCCGUCCAAUGGCUCUACCCAGAGAGCUUUGUCCAGCUCUGGCCCAUAUCGGGAGGCAAGCAGUGCAGAUGAGGAUUAUCCAGGGUCACCCUGUACUUCCAGUCCUGCCCAUGGGGGAGGAGCCAAACUGUCAAACCACUCUGAGGGUGCAGUGAGCCAUGGCACAGGGGAUGGCUACGGGACUCUGAGCGCAGGUUAUGAGAGUGUGGACUCUCCGACAGGCAGCGAGGCAUCAAUGACUCAACACUCAAAUGACACAGACUCCAACACCGAUUCCCACGAUGCUGCAGCUGUCUCUAAGAGCACCAGGACAACAGGCACACACCACACCACUCACAAUGGGCUGGACUCUGCAGCUGCUGCUUCAACUGCCUCCAACCCCCCCACAGGGUCUGUUUUGUAAUCCUUUAAUUUUUUUUGUUUUAUUUUGUUUUUUUUAUAUACACUCAUGGCGAGCAAAAACAAGCCACACAUGUAAGGCCAGUUAGUUUUUGUUGGGGGUUUUUGCUUCAGGAAUUAAAAAUCAGAUAUACAUGUUUUGUUUUUUUUUGGUUUUUGUUUUUUUAGCCAUUUCCAUUCAUAACUGUUAUUUUGCAUUAUUACAUAGCUGAUUAUGUUGAGCAGUACAAGAAUUGAAUAACAAAUGAGCAGCAUGAGAAUAAAUAUCAGAUGUUUUAAGGUUUUAAAAUGUGCUCUAAUAGCAGCUCAACCUUUUUGUGUCAUUUUGUUCAUUAAACUGAAACAAGUCAUAAAACAAGUUCUGUUGCACCAUAAAAUCCAAUUAAGUCAGGAGGCAAGUUCUUUACUUGCUAUGCUUUUCAGAAUGUCCUUAGUUACUUGAUAAAUAUUAUUAAAAACAUUUUCUGUUCAUCCCCGUGGAAAACUGAGUUUUUGUUUACUUUGUGGGUAGUUUUUCAGAGAUGUAUCUUGUUGGAUUCAUAUUCUGAUUUCAAUUCAUUUCGUGUACUGACCAAAUAUCAAUAAAGGCUUUUAAUAUGA